AUGGAAGUGGGAGAAGAUAAGAUAUACAGAUACAAAGUAAUGGAAGUGGGAGAAGAUAAGAUAUACAGAUACAAAGUAAUGGAAAUGGGAGACGAUAAAAUAUACAGAUACAAAGUAAUGGAAGUGGGAGAAGAUAAGAUAUACAGAUACAAAGUAAUGGAAGUGGGAGAAAAGAAAGAUCUGAAACACAAAUUAAUCAUUAGUAGAAGAAUAGACAUAAGUUACCGGUACAAAGUGAAGGAAGGAAACUUUGUGUUGACAUUUCUUCAUAAGCUCCCAAGUCACACUGCAGCAACAACAUAUUUUGCCUUUACUUUUCCAUUCAGCUACAAUGAAUGUCAGGAAAUGUUGUCUAAGUUUGAUAAACAAUUUAGAUCAGGACUGUACUUGGACCCAAGUGACCCAGCAUCCAUGGAUGUGUCUAGUACCAACAAUGUUUACUAUUGUCGUGAAGUUUUGUGUUAUUCUUUGGAUGGCCAUAAGGUGGAGCUAGUAACAGUUACAUCCUUAACGGGGAUGUUGGAAGAACGGGAAGAUCGUCUACCUCAUCUCUUUCCUGAUAAAACUAUUCCUCGGUGCCAUAAGUUUCAAAACAAAAAGAUUGUUUUCAUCAGUAGUCGUGUUCACCCAGGAGAAACACCUUCAAGUUUUGUUCUUCGUGGAUUUUUGCAUUUUAUUCUUGCCACUGAAGACCCCAGGCCUGUUUUUCUGCGGGAUAACUUUGUUUUCAAAUUGAUUCCAAUUCUCAAUCCUGAUGGUGUAGUAAGAGGACAUUACCGAAUGGAUGCUCGUGGAGUUAACUUGAAUCGUAAAUACUUGACUGCAGACUUGGAAGACCAUCCUGCAGUGUACUCCACCUGCCAUCUGCUCCUCUAUUAUCAUUCAAAGAUGUGCCCUCUUCAUAAUUGUAUUGAAUCUUCAAAGAAAAAAUGGUACAAUUAUGCAAGUUUUCAAGACUCUCAGUAUGAUAUAAGUUCAUCCUUUGAAAGAGAUUUGCUGGGAGAAGAAGGUUUAAUAAAGAUGUCGGACAGAAACUUUCAUCAGUUCACAGAAAAACUAAAGUUUAUGGAUAAUAACAAUUCUAAUAAUAUACAUGAUGAUACUCAGCAAGUUUCAUCAACAUCCUCCUUUGAUGUCUCAAACCAAUCUUCAACCAUGAUACACAGCAAAGCAGCAUCUUCUUACAGUGAUAAAUCAUUUCCUGAGGUUUCUAAGCCUUUCUUAUCAAAUUUGGGUAAUAUCUCUCCAGAGGUGAAGUUAUCAAAG